CAAACAAACGCAGCUAUAAAUUAUUAGAAUCAAAAACAAAUAAACAGACAAAAAUCUCCAAAAUACGGAUCAGAUUUCCUAUCUCUAUCUAUCUCCUUCCCCCCAAACCCUCCAUUUUCACAACCCUCAAUUUCCCAAUCAUAAUUACCCAUCACCAACAAUGCUUUCUCACCUCUUAAUAAAAGCCCUAACCCUAGUUUGAAAUUUUCAUUUCAACAAUUCCAAAUGGACCCAACCACCACCACCAACACCAACCACCGCGGCACAGAAAAUGAAACCCCACCACCACCACCACCACCACCACCACUAGCAGCCACCACCGCUCAACCCAACACCAAGUCCUUAUCCUUCACCAACGGAAAACUGAAGAAGCAUUCAAACCAUCCCCACCACCACCACCACCCUCCGCAACCGCCUGCGGCGGUGAUUUAUAAAGAAUGUCUCAAGAACCACGCCGCCACUUUGGGCGGCUACGCCGUGGACGGUUGCGGAGAGUUCAUGCCCUCCCCCACCGACCCCACCUCGCUAAAAUGCGCCGCAUGUGGUUGCCACCGCAACUUCCACCGCCGUGGAGACGAACCCACAACCACCACACCAACCCACUUCCUAGACUUCCACCACCGUCCUCCGCCGCCACUAUCCGUUCGCCGGAGCUCGCCCUCCUCCUCCUCACCCUCUCCGCCGCCGCCGCCAUCUUACUAUUCAGCAGCACCCCACAUGUUGCUGGCCCUCAGCGCCGCCGACCACCACCACCCGGAGGCGGCGGUAAAGCCCACGGCGGAGGAGAACCCAAGUGGGAGAAAGAGGAAUAGGACGAAAUUCAGCCAGGAUCAGAAGGAGAAGAUGCUUUCAUUUUCGGAAAAGUUGGGUUGGAAGAUGAUGAAGAGUGAUCAAGGGUUGAUUGAAAGUUUCUGCAAUGAAAUUGGGGUUGGUAGAGGUGUUUUGAAGGUUUGGAUGCACAAUAACAAGAACACUUUUGGGAAAAAAGACACCACCACCACCACAAUCAACAACGUUAGUGAGAAUAUUAAUGAUGGUAGAGUAAAGUCUGAGAACAACAAUGGUGAUCAUCAUCAUCAUCAAAGUGAGAACAACAAUGGAGUUCAUCAUCAUCAUCAAAGUGAGAACAACAAUGGAGUUCAUCAUCUUCAUGUUUCUUCUGCUAAUGGGUGUCCUCCUUCAGCUCAGCUUCAGCUUGAUCCAAAGAUAGAGUGUAGGUUUUAGAGACAGAGACUGCUUUUUUUUUUUUUUUAUGGUUAGAUUAUUGUAAAAUUAAAUCAAGUGUUUAAUGGUGUAGAAGAAGAAAUUGCAGAACAAUAAUGCAUUUAGUCCUUUAAAAGUUCACUACUUUCAUCAAGGUUUUAUUUAUCUGCUGAGAAAAAAAGAAAAAAAGAAAUCUAUUUAUCUGUUAAUUA